AUGGCAGACGUUCUGAAAGGCUUGAAUCUCCUUGAGACCUUCAAAGAGACCAUGGAAAACAACAAGCUGUCAGAUGUGAAAGAUGCUGUGGAGGACCUCCUAAUCAGCAGGGUCAACCUAGCCAUUGUUGGGGACCGGGGAGUUGAGAAGGCAGCCUUCCUUAAUGCCCUCCGCGGUCUGGGCUCCCAGGAUGAGGGGGCUGCUCUGUCUUCAUCCCCCACCCCCCCAGAAGAGCUAGCUGUCUACCCCAACCCAAAACACCCAGACUUCCGCUUGUGGGAUCUGCCGCCUGUCCCCUCCGCUGCACCCUUUGACCCCAUUGUUUACAUGGACCAGUUCAAGUUCCUGCGCUACAAUGCUGUGAUCAUGGCAUUCACUCAGAGGCUGCAGCCCAACAGUGUAGCGGUGUUCAACAAUGCUCGCUCACUGCAGAGGGAGACAGUGUAUUUCACCUUGCUGGCCUCAGAGGGGGAUACAGAAAAGUGUCUAGAGGAAAGGAGAAAGACCAGUCUAGAGGUGUUAAAAGCAGAGGGGGUGGCCUUGCCCAAGGUCUACCUGGUUAGACCCUGGACCCUAGACAAGCUAGAUUUUCCUGUCUUACUGGCGGACAUGGGGGGAGACCUGCCUGAGAUCAGGGCCCAGGCCCUCCUCCUUGCCCUGCCAACCCUCACCCUCACCCUGGUUUCCCAAAAGAGGGAUGCUUUCAAGGCCCUGGUGUGGGCAGCUGCCUCUCUCUCAGGUGGUGUGUCUGCCAUUCCCGUGCCCCUGGUGGCAUCCAUGUUGGACGCCAGCAUGGCAGUGAGGAUUUUGACAAAGGCCCGGGCCUCACUCUGUCUUGAUGAUGAAUCCAUUGAGCGGUUGGCCCAACAAAGGAGUAUGGAACCUGCCAAACUCAAGGCUUUGCGGACUUGUAACCUGUCAGUUGAGGUUGUCAAAGGUGAGGUGAAAAAGCGCCUGGCAGCAGCAGAGAAGGAAUUGACUUUGGGUGGCUCUGUGCUCGUAGAGAUGGCAAUGCCCAGACAUGCCCGCUCUGCCAGCCGUUCCUUCACCACCAUGCUGCAGGCUCUCAAUGGGGCUAUUGAGGAGAUGGGGGCCGACGCUGAGAAGAUAGUUGCUGCUGCCAUUAGCGAGGGAAAAUGA